UUUCAGAAAACAUGACAGUGACAGAGAUGGAUCUUCUUUUCUCCUCUACUGUCCUGUGCUCUGUCAUAUUUUCUCCCUGUUCAAAAACCUGCCUCCUGUAAAGAGUCAUUAUUACCUCUCCAAUCAAUGUAUGGAAAGAUUGACUUUAGUGAUGCACAUGAAGUCCCUUGAGGCACAGAAAUUGUUGAUAUCAGGAUAGUGCAGUGGUCCCCGUGGUGUGCCUGGGAUUCCUGGACCUCAGGGACCUCCUGGCCACGAUGGUGUACCUGGAAAUCCAGGGGAAAGAGGACCUCCUGGAAAACCUGGUUCGCCACCCAUGCUUACUCCAGAGGACAUAAAUCUCCUGGUAAAGGAUGUGUGCAGUGAGUGCCCUCCUGGGCCUCCAGGACUGCCAGGCAUCCCAGGUUUCAAAGGGGAUAAAGGUCUCCGAGGACCACCAGGGAGAGAUGGCCAGGAUGGGAAAACGGGGAUUGCUGGUCCCAGAGGUCCUCCAGGCCCACCUGGGCUCGAUGGCCCAAAGGGUGCUAAAGGAGACCGUGGCAUGACUGGGGAAGUAGGAGAAAAAGGUGAACAGGGCCACCCUGGAAUGCCUGGCUUCUCAGGGGCUCCUGGAAACCCGGGUCCACCUGGAUCAGAUGGGGCACCAGGACCAAUAGGACCAGCAGGAAACCCAGGAGACAUGGGCAAAGAUGGUCCCCCAGGUCCACAGGGCCCACCAGGGCUGCCUGGACUUCCAGGCAUUGCUGGUAAUGAUGGCAAAGAUGGCAAACCAGGAUCUCUGGGGGAGCCGGGAAAGCCUGGAGAACAAGGGCUCCCAGGCCGGGAGGGUGCCAGAGGAUUGCCGGGUUUCAAAGGACAGAGAGGAGAUACAGGUCCCCCAGGUCCCCGGGGGGAGCCAGGUGUGACGGGUCCUGCUGGUCGUGAGGGGCCACCAGGGAAAGAUGGUGAUCCUGGUCCCAUAGGACCACAGGGCCCUCGAGGGCUCCGAGGGCAGCCGGGCAAAAAUGGAGUGCCUGGAUCUGCAGGAGAACCUGGCCCAGCUGGUAUCCCAGGUCCCAAAGGAAAUAAAGGAGAAACAGGCAGCCCAGGACUCCCUGGCUUUAUAGGACCCCGAGGACCACCUGGAGAACCAGGAGAGAAAGGUCCUCCUGGAAAAGAGGGCACACCAGGGAAACAGGGUGCAAUUGGCUCCAAAGGAGAGAGGGGAGAGCCUGGCAUCAAAGGUGAAAAAGGCCUUCGAGGAGAAAAGGGUCCUCCAGGUGAUCCUGGGAUACCUGGUCACAAGGGCCAUCCAGGACUGAUGGGUCCCCACGGACCUCCAGGAGACACUGGGCAAGUUGGUCCUCCCGGUCCUCCGGGGCAGCCAGGAUUUCCAGGACCAAGGGGAGAGCCCCCAUCUCUAGAGACUUUAAGGAGACUUAUCCAAGAGGAGUUAUCCAAACAGCUAGAUGCAAAGUUACCCUACAUCCUGGCUCAGAUACAGCCUGCACAGGUAAAAGCAUCCCAUGGCAGACCAGGACCUCCUGGUCCCCCUGGGAAGGAAGGACUCCCAGGAAGAACUGGCCCUCCAGGAGAGCCUGGUCGGCCUGGACAGACUGGGUCUGAAGGGCCACCUGGACCAAUUGGUCCCAAAGGAGAAAGAGGAGCAAAGGGUGAAAAAGGAGACACUGGCAUUGGUCAGCGAGGGGAAAUGGGUCCCCCAGGAAUUCCAGGCCUCCCAGGGGAGCCUGGUUAUGCCAAAGAUGGGAUGCCAGGGCCUCCUGGCCCUCAAGGUGAAGCUGGUGUGCCGGGCCUGGCAGGUCCCCAGGGGCCCCCGGGAGCCAAUGGACAAUGUGACCCCUCUCAGUGCGCUUACUAUGCAAGCCUGGCUGCCCGGCCCUCCAAUGUCAAAGGGCCAUAGAGUGCAGAGAGCACCCCCAGACUUGUUUUGAAAACUUGAAUUCCUCACACCUGCCAAGAGCUCUCCAGUGUCUUCAGCUGCGUUUC